AUGGCACGCACACCAACCGGCAUACCGACCGACCCGCCACUGACGGCCAAAGGCGUACAGCAGAGUAAGGAGCUGGCAAAUUAUCUAGCCAAAGUAGAGCCUCCGGUGGACAGGAUCUACUCUAGCCCGUUUUAUCGCUGCUUGCAGACGCUGAAGCCAUUCAGCGACACGUACUUCAAUGAGGGGAAAGAGACCAGGGGUAAAAUUAGGGUCGACCGUGGGAUAGGGGAGUUCUUUGGACGCGCCCAUUUUGAACAUCCGGAGCCGCCCAGUCUCAAGCUCCUGACUCCGCACUUUGACAACUUGGAUGCCGAUUAUGUUUCCGUGCACAUGGCGGGGUCCAGGGGUGAGUCGAUUGUGGAACUGCACCAACGUGUUAGGAAGGCGCUAGAGCAUAUUGUCACGACCCUUGAUAAUGAUCCGGAGCACCCAAAAAGUGUUUUGCUUUGCACUCAUGCGGCUACUAUGAUUGCUGCUGGUAGGGUACUGACAGGUCAGAUGCCGGAGAAUCCCGAUGAAGACGACUUUAAGUGCUAUACGGCUGGCCUAUCCAGAUUCGUUCGGAGGUCGGCAGACCCCGAAAAGGGCAUCGCCGGGAACUGGGAAUGUGAGCUCAACUCUGAGACAUCUUUCUUGUCUGGCGGUGCUGAAAGAGGUUGGCAUUUCGAUGGCGAAGAAAGUUUUGUCGAUUUCUCGGAUACGGGUAUGAAUGGUGAGAGUGAAUCGAAAUUGUGA